AUGCUCUCUUCAUGUCACCGAACCCAGCACAUCAGCAGCCUAUGCCUAGGUCUCCUCCUACUCCAACAUACACUCGUCCUCGUAUCAGGCACAAUCACCAUCUCACAACCAGCAGCAAGCACCACCUGGUUUCCUGGUGAAUCCUACGACAUUGUUAUAUCCUCAGACUCUCAGGACACUGCCGUUCAGACCUGGCAAGUAGACCUUGUUGUCAUUGGAGGCGAAUGUGAUGGGUUCUGUCUCCAUGACGGCGUUGUCAAGGAAAUUUCUCAGGACCACAACCUCCAGUCUACCCUUCGAUUCAAGGUUCCAACAGAUCUUGUACAACACGGCGAGGGAUUCCAAGUGCAGCUCUCGAAUGGUGGGUCGGUACCUGUCUACCACUCGGAGACAUUUACGAUCGAAAAGGCAAACAAGGGACCGGCGGGUACAGCCACGGUCACAGCAACAGCCAGAGCAACAGCCACAGCAACAGCGUCUGUUGCACCAGAGGGAGCACAGGCGACGACGACUGCUCACAACGAAAAUGCCGCCUCAUCUCUCAGCCGUGCUGCCCGCCCCGCUGCCAUCGCCUUGGCCCGCAGCGCCCCCGUGGUUCGCGCCAACGUCGGUGCCUUCUCUGCCAUCCGCAACUAUGCUACCGCAAAGCCUGCUACCUCUGAGGUCACCUCUAUCCUCGAGGACCGCAUCAGCGGCCUCAACUCCUCCGUCGAUAUCCAGGAGACCGGCCGUGUCUUGUCCAUUGGAGACGGUAUUGCCCGUGUCUACGGUUUGAAGAACUGCCAGGCCGAGGAGAUGGUUGAGUUCUCCAGCGGUGUCAAGGGUAUGGCCAUGAACUUGGAGGCUGACAACGUCGGUAUUGUCGUCUUCGGUAACGAUCGUCUCAUUCGCGAGGGUGAUACCGUCAAGCGUACCGGUAACAUUGUCGAUCUCCCCGUCGGUGAGGCUCUUUUGGGCCGUGUCAUCGAUGCCCUCGGUAACCCCAUCGACGGAAAGGGCCCCAUCGCCGCCUCUGAGCGUCGCCGUGCCCAGGUCAAGGCCCCCGGUAUUCUCCCCCGUGAGUCCGUCCGUGAGCCCAUGUUGACUGGAAUCAAGUGCAUUGACUCCAUGGUCCCCGUCGGUCGUGGUCAGCGUGAGUUGAUUAUUGGUGAUCGUCAGACCGGAAAGACCUCCGUCGCCCUCGACACCAUUCUUAACCAGAAGAAGUGGAACGAUGGCACUGAGGAGUCCAAGAAGUUGUACUGUGUCUACGUCGCCGUUGGUCAGAAGCGUUCCACCGUCGCUCAGUUCGUCCAGACCCUCGAGGAGAACGAUGCCAUGAAGUACUCCGUCGUCGUCGCUGCCACCGCCUCCGAGGCCGCCCCUCUUCAGUACCUCGCUCCUUUCUCUGGAUGCGCUGUCGGAGAGUACUUCCGUGACAACGGCAAGCACGCUUUGAUCGUUUUCGACGAUUUGUCCAAGCAGGCCGUCGCCUACCGUCAGAUGUCUCUUUUGCUUCGUCGUCCCCCAGGUCGUGAGGCUUACCCCGGUGAUGUCUUCUACCUUCACUCCCGUCUUUUGGAGCGUUCCGCCAAGAUGAACCGCAAGCUCGGCGGUGGUUCCAUGACCGCUCUCCCCAUUAUUGAGACCCAGGGAGGAGAUGUCUCUGCCUACAUUCCCACCAACGUCAUUUCCAUUACCGAUGGUCAGAUCUUCUUGGAGGCUGAGUUGUUCUUCAAGGGUAUCCGUCCCGCCAUUAACGUCGGUCUUUCCGUCUCCCGUGUCGGAUCCCACGCCCAGACCAAGUCGAUGAAGAAGAUUGCUGGUUCCAUGAAGUUGUACCUCGCCCAGUACCGUGAGGUCGCUGCCUUCGCCCAGUUCGGUUCCGAUUUGGAUGCUUCGACCCAGUUCUUGCUGAACCGUGGUGCCCGUCUUACCGAGUUGCUCAAGCAGCCCCAGUACAAGCCUCUCCCCCUUGAGCACCAGGUUGCCAUCGUUUUCGCCGGUGUCAACGGAUUCCUCGACAAGAUCCCCGUCAACCGUGUCGGCGAGUACGAGCGUGCCUUCAUCCCCCACUUGAUCUCCAACCACAAGGAACUCCUCGAGGAGAUCCGCAAGUCUGGUGAUUUGAGCACCGAGUCCUUCGCCCAGCUUAAGGAUAUCACCACCGAGUUCACCAAGAACUUCUAA